AUGAUAAUAGCGACAUCGCUACGAUCCCAAACGUUUUGUACAUGGAGAGCUUGGAGGGCAGUACAUUCCACGGCAGUGCGGCUCGAAUCUAAACUCAAUGAAGUUCCCAUAGACAGAACCAGAAAUAUUGGAAUAAUAGCCCAUAUUGAUGCUGGGAAAACAACCACAACUGAAAGAAUGCUCUACUACAGUGGAAAGACCAAGAGAAUUGGCAAUGUGGAUGAAGGCGACACUGUCACUGACUACUUACCCUCAGAAAGACAACGAGGAAUCACAAUUCAACUGGCAGCGAUCUCAAUACCGUGGAAUAAUCACAAGAUUAACAUUAUAGAUACACCAGGACAUGCAGAUUUCACAUUUGAGGUGACGAGAUCAUUGAGAGUAUUGGAUGGCGCAGUGACAAUCUUGGACGGCGUAGCUGGUGUAGAGGCACAAACCGAAAAGGUCUGGAAGCAGGCGACUUCGUUGAACAUUCCGAAGAUUGCCUAUGUCAAUAAGAUGGAUAGACCUGGAGCUGGUUUCAGCAGAACUGUUAUGGAAAUUAUCGAAAAACUUCAGACUAGAGUGGUCUUGUGUAAUGUUCCUUAUUUCGAAAACUCUAAGGAUAACGAUCCUGUGUUCUGUGGUGUAGCGGACAUCCUCCAUGUGAAGUUACUUAAGUGGAAUCCUGAAAUUGACCCUCAUGGAAAGAAUAUAACUGUCAUUGAUAUAGAAGCGGAGCGUGAUACUUACCCUGAAGUGUACGAGACUGUUGUAAAAAGUAGAGAGUCUAUGGUUGAAACAUUGGGAGAAUUUGAUGAGGCUAUAAUCGACUCCUUUUUGGAGAGCAAUGAAGACUACAUGAACAUUCCCAUAAACGUCCUCAAUGAAGCAAUUAGAAAGGCCACACUUGAGAAUUAUUUAACUCCGGUCUACUGUGGAUCUUCUUUCAGAAACAUUGGUGUACAGCCAUUAAUGGAUGGUGUGGUGAAGUAUCUUCCUUCUCCUUUGCAAAUUCUGGUUCCAGAAAUCACUUCUUCAGCUACGAAGAACGUCAAAAUUAAACAUGUAAAAGCAAAACAGGCUGUGAAACAAGAUAUGGAAGUAACUACCAAGAUGAACAACAGAACUGGGUUGGUGGUUAAUGCCAAUCCUAAUCUUACUCUAGCUUUAGCAUUCAAGGUUAUGACACAUGCCACUAGAGGUGUCAUGACCUUCUUUAGAGUAUACAGUGGGAAGUUGGUAUCCAAUUCUAUCAUUACUAAUACAACUACGGGAAAAAAGUUACACGUAAAAAAGCUAUUCAUGAUGCACGGUGAUGAACCUGAGGAAGUGAAACAUAUUUCAUCUGGUAACAUUGGUGUUAUUACUGGCCAUGAAGACGACAUACAGACUGGGGAUACUCUCGUGUCCCAUAGUCAUCUCAAAAAGGGAUUCAGUGAAAUGGAAUCUAACUUGAAGCUUUUACCAAUUGAGAUUCCUCCACCUUUGUUCAACUCUGCUAUCGAGCCUCAAACAGCUGGUGAUGAAGCCUACAUGAAAGAAUGUGUUCGGAUACUUACCAGGGAAGACCCAUCUUUGAAAGUAUCAGUCGACGAAGAAAUGGGACAGACCAUAAUUAGUGGUAUGGGUGAAUUACAUCUCGAUAUCGUCAAAGAGAGACUUGUAAGGGAUAUGAAGGCGAAGGUUACUCUCAGAGACGUUGCCGUCUCCUAUAAAGAAACAUUAUUAAAUCCAGGUUCUUCUUAUAAACAAACCAGCGAGAGCGGUUCGGUAUCUAUUGAGAUAGAAAUGGAUAGUUUCGAAGGUGCUGCAGAGGAAUCCAGUUUCUUUGAAGAAAAUGGAGCAAUGAUCAUUGCCGAAGAUAACAAUAUCAUCAUAAUCGAGCCGCUGGCUAUUCUGCAGAAUAUGCUUAAGGCUCUUGAAGAGAGACGCUGGAAGUCUACCUAUUCUUUAGAAGAUCUUCAAGAAAUCGUGAUUCAAGGGUGUUUGACAGCAUUGCAGAUGGGAGGACCAAUUUUCGGUUUAUCGCUACACUCUACCGUGAUAAGAGUUAAGAGCUGGGAUUUCCCGGUGGCAGACAGUUCUGUUGCUUCAACCGUAUUGUUGGAUGUCUCCAGAAGUGCUGUGACUAGUUAUAUAGCCACGAAUAGGGAUUGGUUCGGUAUUCUUGAACCCAUUAUGGAAACCAGAGUCUACAUUGAUUCAGACAUCAUGGGUGAAGUAUCUCAUGAUCUAACGCAAAGAUGCCAGGCCGUGAUCAAAUCGAUUGAAGAUGAAUCAACCCAGGACGUCGACGCCUUGGCUUGGGCAAAGGAUGAAGCCGAGAAGACAUUCCUUCCUCCAGACUAUACCAUGAAGGCAGGAAAGGAUGCAAUUUCCUACAAAAACAAAAAGAUUAUCAUUGCAGAGACACCAUUGAGAGAAAUGAUUGGGUACUUAUCAAGACUACGCUCGAUUACUCAAGGUAGAGGUACAUUUGAUAUGACCUACAUUGGCAUGAGAAGAGCCAUCAAGUCGCGUUUCGAUGCCAUCUCGAAGGAAUUUAACUUCAUGUAAAUAGACAUAAACAAAUCGCAAUUCUUGUACAUAGGCAAGCAACUAACAAACACUACUAGAUCGUAUUAUCCGGAACAAAUGACGAGUUCAUGUCUACAUUGUCAAUAUACGAAAUCAUU